AUGAAACCCUACAAGAAUUGGUCCGAUCAUCACCACCAAAACAAGAUCGCCGCCGGAAACUGCAAACGUGGGCUGCCGCUGCUGCUACCGGCGGGGAUUCUGGUCGCUUUGUUGAUGAACCUAACGGGGCUACUGCUUUUCCUCUUCACCAUACCCAAAGAACCAAAGCUUUUCUAUGGCUUCUCCGCCAUGGCCGCCAAUAAUGCUGGAAGCGAUAAUAAAAACGGGGCGCCAAAAUUGGAUAGGCCUCUCGGCGGGCUUUUGCAUUCUGGGUUUGAUGAAGGAUCGUGUUUAAGUAGGUAUGAAUCUGUGGAGUAUCUCAAGGAACUAAAGCGGCAGCCUUCUUCUUCCCUGAUCUCCAGGUUACGAAGCUAUGAAGCUCUUCACCGCCGCUGCGGGCCCCACACAGAAGCGUAUAACAAAACCGUCCAACUCUUCGCGUCGGGAAAACAUCAUCGGUUCGCCGACGACGUCGUCGGCGGCGAAGAAUGUAAGUAUGUGGUCUGGGUACCUUUUAGUGGACUGGGAAACAGAAUCCUCACUAUGACUUCGGCUUUUCUAUACGCCAUUCUUACCGGCAGAGUCCUCCUCGUUGAUCCUCUUAAUCACACGCCGGAUCUCUUCUGCGAGCCGUUCCCCGGAACUUCAUGGGUUCUGCCGGAAGAUAAUCCGCUUACUAAGGAUUACUUCUACAGAUAUAGUCACAACUCGUCUUUUAGUUAUGGGGGUAUGGUGAAGAACAAUUUGAUUAACAGGUUAAACGUGUCUGAAAGGCCACCCAGCUACAUCCAUCUCAGUCUCACAUAUGUAAUGGAUCAGUACGAUGAACUGUUCUUCAAAGAUGAAGAUCAAAUAUUUCUGCAGAAAAUUCCAUGGCUAUCUAUAACGUCAGACGAGUAUUUCCUCCCAUCUCUUUUCUUGAUGCCAAUUUUCCAGAAAGAUCUGGAUAAGAUGUUCCCCGAGAAAGACGCCGUGUUCCACCUCCUCGGACGGUACCUGUUUCAUCCCGCAAAUCCGGUCUGGGGGCUAAUUACAAGAUACCAUAAGGCUUACCUGGCCGGAGCCGAUGAGAAGAUAGGAAUUCAAGUCAGAGUGUUUGAAGGAGGCCCAUUUGACCAUGUUCUAAACCAGAUAGUAAAAUGUACAACGGAAGAGAAAAUAUUGCCGCCGCCAUUAAUCAAAAAUCAAGAAAAUCCCACACCCAAACCCAACAAGACGACAACAAAAGUUGUGCUUAUAACAUCUCUGAGUUCAUGGUACGCAGAUGUGAUUCGAGACAUGUAUUUGUUGUAUCCAACGUUGUCAGGCGAGGUGAUCCGAGUUCUCCAGCCGAGUCACGAAGAAUACCAGAAAACCUGGGAUGAAUUUCACUACAUAAAAUCAUUGGCAGAAAUGUAUCUUCUGGGGAUGAGUGAUAGAUUGGUGACAAGUGGAUGGUCAACUUUUGGAUAUGUAGCUCAGGGUCUUGGAGGUUUGCGGUCAUGGGUUUUGUAUAAGCCGGAGAAUUUUACUGUUCCUGAUCCGCCAUGCCAACCAGUCAUCUCCAUGGAACCGUGCUUUCAUCUUCCUCCUUUAGAUCACACCAUGACGGUUGUUCCUUAUGUAAGACCUUGUGAAGAUAGAAUUAGGGGUCUUAAGCUCUAUCCGGAUAACCAAACAGUAUUGAAAAACAUUCUUAAUUCUUAAAUUAGAGUCAAUAGUCAACGAAUUGCUA